AUGCUUGGUGCUGUUUACGCUACCAGACACCCGAAAGGGCUGCACAAGUUAAUCAUUGCUAGCUCUCCGGCCAGUGUCCCUCUUUAUGUAGUCGGGAAUGGCCAACUCAGGUCUGAAUUGCCAGACGAUAUCCGCAAAGCACUGGAAAGCACAGAUCAUGAUACCCCGGAAUACGAGAAGGCGAAAGGCAUCAACAACUUACAGGAAGAUGCAACUGCAUACAUGACUAUGCGGGGGCCUUCGGAACUUGUCAUAGUUGGCAGUCUUAAAGACUGGGAAGGACGGAAGAUCGCGGACAGAAUCAUGGUCGAUACCUUAGCUCUGAAUGGUAGAUAUGAUGAGAUGACAGACAUCUGUGUUGAACCCUAG